UCGAAAAUUACGCUACAGAAGUAACUUUGAAAAUGGCCGCGCCAAUCUUCCCAAAAUUGAUUCCUUCCGCGACAGAUCGCCUUUGGUUUGCUGUUGACAAGCCUUGCGAUGAUGAAAAUGAAUUGUCAGAGUUAGAAGAUGAAUACCAGUCUUGGGUUGAUAGCAUCUCGAAAAAAGAUGAACACAUAGUGCCUAUUGGAAAAACAGCUUCAGAGCAUUUUGAUGAGGAAGAAGAUGAAGAUGAUGAUGAUGGAGAAGAUGAUGAUGAUGAAAGUGAUACCAAUGAUGAUGAACUUGAUACAGAUAUGAUUGAUGACAGGGAUUCACCAGAGGAGGUUGACAUGGAAGCCAAUGGAAUUGCCUUGACCUGAAGACAGGAUCUUCAAUAUUCCUGAAACAAGACUUGGUCAUAUGAACAGUUUUUCAUUGACUAUUGCAUUAAAAAUGGAGUGAAGAAGUAACUUUUUCUUCUUCUCUGACAAGUAUCAAGUUCUAAUAGAUAACUACUGGAAUGAUGCUGAACUGGACUGAUAAAAAACACAAACAUAUGUCAGAAAAUAACACAGAUUAAAAGAUCGAACUUGCUACAGAGGAAUACAGUAUAUAUAUUAAUUGUUAUUUAUUGAACAAGAUCUAGAGGUCUGAAUGAACUGCUUGUAUGUGUGUGCUAAUUCUAACUCUGGUUUACAGUAGAGACAGUUUGAGACACUAAAGUAUUGUAAUUAUCAGUUUGGCUGUAGAUAAGUCAGUAAUUCUAAAUAAUGAAACACACAACAAAAGAGUUAGCCCUUUUAGUUUGGGCAAUCUUUUCCUAUUUUAAGACAGUCAAUGACUUUUCAGUCUGUAAAUCUUGCAACAAGAUGAACUUUAAAUUCCAAGAUUGUGAAUUUCUGAAUUAAAUAAGACAUACACAUCUGAAAUCUUUUGUUUGUUAACAGUUUGAAAUUGACAGUAAAUUGCUGUCAGGUUUGAGGCAAUGCCAGGAGUAAAAACAGAUGUUAGAGAUAGUGACUUUGAGGAUGGUUAAUGCAAGUUAAUGUAUGAAAGUACAGGUCCAUAUUCAUAAUCGCAGACAAAAUAUUAAGACAGUGAAAUUAAAUGCCAGUAAUGUAAACACAUGGAAUAUAAUAAUUUAAAACUAAAACACGAUUAGUUUUGAUAUUACAACCAAAUAUCAUAACUGUUAUCGCAAGCGAAUCAAAAGGCCAACAAAUUUCUGUUUGCAUCUAAAUGUGACUAAUUCAUGGAAUGAAAAUAUAAACACUAUCCUGUCAGUGAAUGACAGUACAAGAUGUAUGGAAUUGAGAAAAAAGAAAGAACAUUAGUUAUUUCUGGACAAUUUCUGUGGUUAAUGGAGAUAGUAUUUGAAUACUAAGGACUUCAUGCCAAUGAAUUGGAAGUACAAGAAAUGAGAUCACAUCUAAUUACUGGCAGUUUACAGGCAGUGGAUUUAAGGACAAGGAAUGAAGAAAACACAUCCAGAUACUGGCAUUUUACUGGCAGUGAAUUUAAAGAAAAUGAAUGACAAGAUCACAUCUUAAUACUGACAGUUUACAGACAGUACGUAAAUAUAAGGACGAGAUAUGACAAGGUCAAAUCUUAAUAUUAUACAAAUGUAUUUGUAAUUUCCAGGCAGUUAAUUAAAGGACGAGAAGUGGUGAUAUCACAUCUGAAUAAAAUUUCCAGGCAGUGAAUUAAAAGAUGAGAAGUGGUGAGAUCACAUCUGAAUAUUUGUAACUUCCAGGCAGUGAAUUAAAGGACAAGAAGUGGUGAGAUCACAUCUGAAUAUUUGUAACUUCCAGACAGUGAAUUAAAGGACGGGAAGUGGCGAGAUCACAUCUGAAUAUUUGUAACUUCCAGGCAGUGAAUUACAGGACGAGAAGUGGUGAGAUCACAUCUGAAUAAUCUGUUAAUAACUUCUAAACAGUGAAUGACAGGAAGAGUGACUGCAAGCCAGUGAGUAAAACAGUACAGGGUUAUUAAUCCCCCGCCGUGGCGGUACAUAUUACUAUAAAGUAGGUGUUACUCUAGUGUAUUGUAAAUAUUGUUCUAGAAUGUUGAGUAAAUGUUCUGUAGCUUCACGAUAUUCCUGUCUAAAUUGAUAAUGUCUUAACCUGUCUUCUAACAAAGUCACAGUAAUAUAUACAAAUGCAGUCAUAUUUAAUUUUGUUAA